AUGGCUGCUCGCAGGCCCCACUUCAUACACUGCACCCUGGCCGUGAGCCACUUGUCCAAACGGCGAGAUGUGUACGAUGCCGUCAGCGUUGCGUUCUUCGAGGCGGAGAUUUACAACGCACACCACGGCGAGGGACCUCUGCAGACGAACCUCAGCGGUGACGAAGAUGUCACGUUUGGACCUGCAUCCGGCUCGAUGAAUUCUCCCUGCAUCGGAGAAGAACGUCAGAACAGUGGCUCGCUGCCAGCGGAGCUGGCAAGCGGGGAGCAGCGGUUCCCAGCACCGAUGACGCCAACAGAUGCUACCGCUGUGCCAUCACCUCUCCCCAAACUCCCUCACGCCCCACCUAGCUUGUCAGAAGACGGCGUCGGGGAUGACGAUACGGCUGCUGAUGAUGCUAGAGAUAUACGGUGGCAACCUGUGGCGGAGACGGCCAUGCUCACCCCCGAAUCGGCUGCAGAGGCUGCAGAAGCGGGGGGUGCUUGUGCCGGCUGGUCAAGUGCAGCCGCCGCUCCUAGACAGCAGUUCUGUUCGCAGGGAGACAAUGGUGGUGGAGGUGGUGCUGCUGGUGCUCCGUCGGCGGUGGCACGCAAUCCCACGGUGGGGCCCGAGGUUUGGGGAGGAGACAUGGCCCUCGGGGGAAGUGAGAUGGCCUUAACUGAUGAGUACCUGCUGGAUGCCGCGACAGUGUUUGCGAGCGAUGAGGUACUCUUGGAAAUGACGCUGGUGUGA